CAAACAGUGGGGAGCUAGGCGUCCGGACAUCAUUAGUAGCUACACAUAUAAAGGUUCUGAACUCCAGCGUCACGUUAAAACGAAAACUUUACCUGUUUUUAACAAUACGCCUACACCUCUUCUUAAGUUUAAUUCGUAUGGUAUUUUAGGUUUUGCUUGUUUUUGUGUGUGCCUUUUUUCAUUUUUGGCUAGAGCGAGUUAAUCACCCUGACCAAUACGCAGUUGCGAAGAAAAGAUAAAGGAAUAAUAUGAAUCGCUGGCUAGCUAACGUUACACAAACACAACUCCAGAUACAUCUAGCUACCCUUUUGUAAGGGGGUUCAUUUUAAGGUAAAUGCGUUCAAGAUAGCGAAGACAUACAAAAAUCCAAAGACCGAAUAUAGCAAAAACUCAGCAAUCAUAACUUUGGUGAAAAGAAAAAACACUGUCCAUUGUAACGUUAGCAAGUCGACCACCUAAGUAAGACGCGAACAACACCAACCAGUACGAGUCGGCGCGAGACAGCAACGAUAGGUUUGGCAGAAGAGAAGCGCGCAUCUUUUUUACGUGUGGAAUGAACAUGGUCCACAUGAGUGUUUUUAUCCACGAACUCGCCCUGCAGCCAUGAUCGAGUGGGACAGACUGCGGACAGCAGAGGGAAAGGAGGUACGGAACCACCGACCGCCCCUUCUCGUGUAAAAGAGGAGCAUAUCAUGGGGCAGAGGGAAUUUGGCCCAUGCCUCCUUGAAAGCUCCCUCGCCACGCCACGACUCCACCGAUGAUGCCCAACACCACCAACUGUUUCAUGGUCGGCCCGCCGCCCUCCCAGGCGCUGGCUUUCCAGGAGCGGCUCUUCCAGCACGCCAACGCGCCGGCCGUCGUGCGGAGGACCCCCCAAAGAAAAGACUACACUCAAGAGAUACAAAGAGUGGAAUUGGACAGCAUCAUUCUCACCUGUCCUGAAACUUCAGACACUGGCGGGCUGCUGCUCGGGGGGAACGUGCAGAGGCGGGUGCAGAGCCGGCGGAGGCAGGCGUGCAGCUCGGCGUGCGACGGAGCCCAGCCCCUGCAGCCGGGCGGGUACUUCACGGUGUGCGGGAAGUGCAGCGCGCCCAGCGAGAACCACGGCAGCUGCCGGAACUGCGGGAACCCCCUGGCGUUCGGGAACCCCCUGGCGUGUGGGAACCCCCUGGCGUGCGCCGCCCCCCUGACGGAGCCCUGCCACCCAGCGCUGGCCCGGCCGCCCAUCCACCCGCCCCCCCCGGGACCGGACCCCCCACACUUCUUCCAACCUUUUUACAGCCCCCCGCCCACCGUCAGAGCGCCCCAGGCCAACGGCGUCGCCGGCAGGCCCUGCCUCCUGUCGUCCAAUCCGCAGGGAGGGGGCGUGGCCAGCUUCGGCACGCCCGCGGACAAGGCCUCCAGGGUCAGGAGGCAGCCGGGGACCAGACAGGAAGCUGCCGACACCAUCGUGCUCUCCAGUGAUGAGGAGGAGGACGAGGAAGGCACAUGCAUCGCCAGCAGGAUAGACAGCAUCUCGCCGUGCCCGGCUGACUCCGCCCACUCCUCGCCGGUGCCCGCCGCGGGCCGCGUGGAGACGGCCAUGAAGGACGGCUCGGAGUGGGAGGACGUCACCAGCGACUACUUCACCGACAUCAACACGCGGAUCACGGUGCCCAGGAAGACGCGCAUGAAGGACCCGUCCGGGAAGCACGUGCCGGAGAGCUGCAGCUUCAAGCGGAGGAAGGUGCUGCUGGUGAGCCCGGUCCACACCUGCGUGAGGAACCACGCGGUCAAGCCCGACAGCAUAGUGCUGGACUGCCGGAGCGUGCGGCUGGGGACGCUGCGCCGCAUGGUCACCAAACCCGUCAUCUUUUCACCUGAAUGCUUCCACAUUGAAACUGAAGCUCCCAAAGUGGACGUGCUGGAGAAGGUGGAGCUGAGGGCGUCGGAGCUGACGGGCUGCGAGUGGUGCUGCGUCCGCAAGCUCCCCACCCUCUUCCUCCAGACCACCCCCGCCGAGUGCCUCCGCCUCCGCACCCAGCUCAACAUGUCCCGCGACAACGGGGGCGUGUGGUACGACUGCAAGAGCACAGAUCCAGACGAGACGCACAUCGUCCUGAUAUUCGAAAAGGGGCUGUCCAUACAGGAGGAGGUCCUGCUGGAAGAAAUACUGAAGGAAAUCGGAAAGGCCAACAAGCUUAAAGGUUUUCCUACCAGGCUCCCCUUCCAGGAGGCCAAUGCCAGGCUUGUGCGCUACAAUAACCAGGCUAGAGAGAAGAAGACAGGUCAGAAGUCCGUUCAGAAGACGGUCCAGAAGACCGCUCCUUCUAACGACCAGCACUGCGUCCGCGCCCCCCCUCCACCCUGCCCUCCGUCCCCCGUGCCUCAGCCAGCCGCCGAGCCCGCCACGCACGCGCUCACGCACACGCACACGCGCACGUCCACGCGCCUCGCCCCCGCCACACACUGCUGCCUUGACGACCAGGACGAGGACUCGACGGAGCUCCCCCCUGCCUUCACCGGGCCGGUGGAAAAAAUAAUGGUGUACCCCCCACCUCCAGCCAAAGGGGGAAUAGUUGUGACGAACGAAGACCUCCACUGCCUCAACACAGGAGAGUUCCUGAACGACGUCAUCAUCGACUUUUAUUUAAAGUAUUUCGUUUUGGAGAAGUUGAGAAAAGAAGACGCUCAUAGGAUUCACGUGUUCAGUUCCUUCUUUUACAAGCGACUGAACCAGAGGGAGAGGAAGAGCGGAUCGGACUGUAGCCAUUUACCGAUGCAGAAGAAGAAGCACAAUAGGGUGAAAACGUGGACGCGUCACGUGGAUCUCUUUCAGAAGGACUUCAUUUUCGUUCCCAUUAACGAGUCGGCUCAUUGGUUCCUGGCUGUUAUCUGCUUUCCUGGUCUGGACGGGCCCCGGUUUGAGCCCAACCCCCUGUAUCAGGUACCGGGGUCUGUCCCAGCACACUGCUCCCUGGCCCAUCAGCAGCUGAGCGGGAUGGGGUGGGGGCAGUCGACAGGGUAUUCGGAGAGGCCCUACCCCGGCAUGCCCACCCCCCACUGCCUCAGGGCACCCUGCUUCAACCCCAUGGGCGCCUACGCUGAGCCGGCCAUGUCCUGGGACUGUGGCAGGGAGGACAUGGUGCCUAUCGGAAGCCACAUGGAUGGUUUGCACAGACUCGCAAUGUGUGAGGGCAGCGCUCACGAUGCGUACCAGUUCCCUGAUGACCAAAGCUCGUGCGAGGACGACAGCAGUGAGGAUGGAAUGCUGGACAUCGGUGGCCCGGAUGGUUCCAGAAACGCGGAAUGGACCUCGAGACCCACCAUCUGUAAACAGCCCUGCAUUCUCAUUAUGGACUCAUUGCGAGGACCUGGAAGGUCCACUGUGGUCAAGACGCUACGAGAGUACCUGGAGGUGGAGUGGGAGGUGAGGAAGGGGACCCGGAGGAGUUUUGGGAAGGAGGUGAUGAGGGGCUCCAGCCCCCGUGUCCCGCAGCAGGACAAUUUCAGCGACUGCGGGGUCUACGUCCUGCAGUACGUAGAGAGCUUCUUUGAGAACCCCAUCCCCAGCUUCCAUCUGCCCAUGAACCUGAUGGAGUGGUUUCCACAGCAACGGAUGAAGAGGAAGCGGGAAGACGUGAAAGAGCUGAUCCUGCUGAUCCAGAGCCUGCAGCAAACGGACCCGCUGUGUCAGGGACACUACCUGAGCGCUGAUCCAGGAUCAGUGGCCAACUAUUCCACAGGACCGUGGGCCCCCUGGGGACUCUGAUGAUCCACCAUCGGCUGGAGAGAGACCCACGGGGGGCGGGGGCGGGGGAGCGCGGGGAACACUGAUCCGGGGUCAGCCGCCCGGCACCCGGUCUGCAGAACCUCAGCGCGGGCUGACGGGACUUUUACUCCCGCAUCGCGUUCCUGAGCCGGCCACCAGUAGGCCCGGUCCGGUCCGGUCCGGUCCGGUCCGGUCCGGUCUGGUCCGGUCCGGUCCGGCCGCAGAACCGGCCGACGCCUACGAAGGUUCUUAACUGCUGGAUUCAUCUUGUUCUUUGUUUCUUUAAGUAAAAAAGGCAAUGUUUUGUUUCCUCCCUGUGGCCUGGGAGAACAUGUGAAGCUGUAGUUAAUAAAGUAUGUACAUAUGUUGGAGCCCGUA